ACGCUCCGGAUCAGUCGACUUCGCGUCUCGACGGUGAAAAGUCUUCACUUUCCACUUAUCAUAUUGGGAAAGAGUAUAAAACGAUAUCAGAUACAAUUUUAAAAUUAUCGGUAAUAUUUCGUGAUCGAUUUUUUGUGUUUAAAUUCAAGUUCUUUUUGUGACACUUUUAAAUUGUUGAAUAUUGAGUAAAAUUAAUUUGAUUUUAAUGAGGGGCAGGUACGUCCGUAAUUAAUUUGUGGUCCUAAUGAUUUUAAAACGACGCAUUGCCUUGCCAACGUGACUAAACUAUCGGAAGCUCAUUCUUUGACUUAAAGCACAGCUUGUAAGUUUAGUGUUAGUUGAAGUCAAAAGCGCGCAUCUUGUGAAUGGUGAAGAUUGUAGUGAUUGUGGGAUUGAAUUAAUUUGGUAAUAAAAAAAAGACAAAAUGCGUUUAGUGCCAGAUUUAAAUCGCUUCUUGGGGCGCACUUACUCGGUGGUGAGCACCAAUAAUUUCGCCGAGCAGCAAGCUCAUCAAGCAAGGGACAAAGUACAGGAACUGCACCAGAAGCAUUGGAGGAGGUUGAAACAUUUUUCCCGCAGCUAUUCCAUUCUUGCUAUCCUCGGUGUGAUAUUCCUCUCAGGUGGUUUUUUCAUGCUCGCAACAGACCCGUACAACUUUUUUUUCAACCAAAGAAUAUUAUUUGUACCAGGCGGAGAAAUAUUCGAAUUGUGGCGAGCACCGCCCGUAGAUUUAUAUCUAAGGGUGUGGGUGUUCAACAUAACCAAUCAUGAAGAAUUCCUUGCCGGAAACGAAAAGAUGAAAGUCGUCGAAGUUGGACCUUAUGUUUAUCGUGAACUAAUGACACAUGAAAACGUGACUUUCAAUGAAAAUGGAACAGUGUCCGCAAAUCCGCGUCACAUUUUGGAGUUUGUGCCCGAACAGUCCGUCAGCGAUCACGAAACCGAUCGGCUAAUAUUGCCCAAUAUUGCACUAUUGAGCAUAGCAGAUGUCGUAUCAACUGGAUCGUACUUAACAAAAUUGGGAUUGAAUCUACUAAUUCGUCAAACAAAAACGCAACCGUUGGUCGAGAUGAGCCCGAAAGAAUUUAUGUUUGGUUAUUCGAGCACACUCAUGACUUUAGGGAACAAAUUAUUGCCCCACUGGAUAAAUUUUGAAAAACUUGGUCUAAUUGAUCGGAUGUACAACUUUGAAGGCGAUUAUGAAACUGUAUACACGGGAGCAAAUGAUAUCAACGCUGCUGGAUUAAUUGAAACGUACAACGGAGCGCCGCAAAUGCCUCAGUGGGAAGGACGAUGUGGUAAUAUUGCUAACUCUUCUGAUGGCACCAAAUUCCGCAGCAAUAUUCAACCCAAUGAGACGCAAAAGUUCUUUAGAAAGAGCGUGUGUCGUCCUCAAACACUUAUGAUGACCAAUCACACAAUUCAAUCGGGUUUGGAAGCAUUCGUCUACAAAUUCCCAGCGAAUGCAAUGGAUAAUGGUAUUGUUGAUUCCGAAAAUGCUUGUUUCUGUAGAACCAAGCAAUGUCUGCGUCGUGGAUUAUUGGAUGUCCGACAGUGCUACUACGGUUUCCCUAUAGCGCUUAGCUACCCACACUUUUUAGACUCUGAUGAUAGUUUGCGGAACGAGGUGGAGGGAUACACUCCGGAUCGAAGAGCGCAUGAGACUUAUUUUGUGGUGCAACCGAAAUCGGGGUUACCUCUGGAAGUAGCAGUACGUUUCCAAAUUAACAUGUCUUUGGGGAAAAUUGGAAAUGUGGCCAAUGUAAGACAAUUUGAAGAUAUGGUUAUUCCGUUAUUGUGGACCGAAAUUAGAAUGUACCAUUUGCCAGACGACUUGGUAUGGAAGUUCUUUACUUAUUUGAAUAUCCUUCCGCAUUUGGUGGCGAGCAUCACCUACGCGCUCAUCAUCGGCGGUAUUUUGGGGCUUACUGUAUGGACCUGUAAAUACUGUAAACGAACACGACCAUCGCAAGGCGUUUCUUGGCUGGACGGCGAUGACUAUGAAACGCCGCGUAUGGAUAAAAAGUUUGCGGACUACCGUCCAACAAAGCGUUCUAGUAUGUCUCCAAAAGAGCUGGAAGUAUACUACAACAGCCUGGUUGCACCAAACGACCAGGACCUUGAACCAAACGAGUACAACGAAAUGAUUGUCUGAAGCCCUAAAUCGCCAUUUUUGAAAUUUGAAAGGCAGUGCACAAAGUGUAAAUACAAAUCGAGGGCGGCCAUUUUAAACUCAUAUCAUCAGUUAAAUUUAGAUUUGCAUCCGCCAUUAAACUACUCAAAUUAGUUUAUGCAUUAUAAUAUAAUGCCCGCUACUCGACAGUCCUAGCUAGUGAUAAUAGAUAGUCUCAAUUAUUUUAGGAUGAGUCGUUAAAUCUAGGUAUUUAGAUAACCUAGGCAGUCGAUAUUACACCACUGCACAGCGAGUGGUUGGCUGUCUGAUCUUUUGGUUACCUAGUAAAAACGUGUGACGGCUGUUAAUACGGUAGAUUUUAAUUAAAAUUAGGUUAGUUUAUAGGUUAAGUUAGGUUUAAAAUCGACGUUGCCAAAUAUUCUAAUUAUUUAAAAUGUCGUGUGUGCGCAGAAUGACUCAGGACAUGAUGUCGAUGGAAUCUGCAUCAGUAUUCGGAUUUUUUGACAUUCCAGAUAAUAUAACCCUAUCAGAAAGGAAGUAAAACAAAAACUGAACAUAAUUUAGUUUUAAAAAUUAUGUAAUUACUGGACGUCCAAAAAGAUAUACUUUUGAUUGCAUGGCAGUUUGUGGAGUUUUUUGGAUUCAUUCGGCUUAUUUAUUUAUUUAUGUCAAUACGUAAAUCUCAACGCGCCUCUCUAUUUGUAAUAUUUGUAAUAUUGUAAUGCGACCCGACCAAGGUAAUUGAAGUCGGAUCGAGGUGAUUAAUAUUGACCAUUCGUACUGUACGAUAAUUCUUACCAAUUGCUCAAUUUUUUUGUAAUGUAUUUAUAAUAAACGAUUAAAAUAAAAUAUAACAAGAU